UAUACACACAGUUUAUUAACAUACAAGGCCGUAUGGGAGGAAUGACUAGCUGUGGAUUCUCUAGCAGCUUGGUCAGGGUGAAGAUUUUAGGCUUGUGAGGUGGUAGGGUAAGGGCUUUAUCAACCUGGGAUUAUCGGAUAUACCUGUGUCUUAAUCGCUCCGUCACUAAUCCACCCAACAACACCCUGCGUUAAUCUGUUCGAGACCAAGCCAUCGUCAGGUAGAGGACGCUUGUUGACAACUGUGGACGUUGUGUGUCGAGUUGGGGCCGUCUUGAGUCGAGUUUGUAGACAUUUGGUGACAAUGCUGGAUACUUGACUGUGCCACUGAGAUUGUAUAUCACCUGAGAUCACAUUGGUUGAAUAGUGACGCCCUGUCCACAGAGACCAUGAAAACCACAUGACGCUGCCCCAAACCAGACCCACCCACGUCUACUAGCCGCUGGCGACGCCGGCAUGGGGAGCGGCUUCAGCACGUGCAACGGCCCAGCGACGGUGGCCGUGAGGUCAAGCAUCUCUAGGCAUGAACAGGAGGGAUUGGCUCUGUCCGACUCCCACGACUCGGGGAUCUCCGAGGUCGGGAGGGGCCGCCCGGGGGGUGUGGACGCGAGGGAACUGGAACGCCACUUCUUCGAGUCGAACCAGGAAGGUCCUGGAACCCCCCGGUCGUUAUACGGGUCGGGAUCGCGACAUCGACCGGAAAUGGCGCCCACUGACCACGGCAACAACUACCGCCUUCAUCUAAGACGCAACCACAGCUUGUCAGAGUUCGCCAUCACGGAAGAAGACGAAGAGUCAACGCCCACUAGAACCCGGAUGGUGAGACCAAAGAGUGCUAACGUGAGGAAGAGGCGUGGCUUGAAGUCUGGCAGAAGACGAUCGGGGACGGAGAAAAGCCGGAAGACGGAGUCCACUGGGGGUCUGAGCAGUGACGCUACUGACAGUGACCUUGACAGUGAAGAUUCCGACGUCCUGUCCAUACCGGAUGAAACCGGUCCUUUCCGUUUGAACGAUGAUUGGUGGAGAUUAGAUUCGAGCGUUACGCGCGAUCCACGUGACUAUGGCAGCUUUAGCGUUCGUAGUGUUCACGAUGUGAAUAUCGCCAAGAAAGCAAGUGAACGCUCAAUAUCCAGUAUAAUCUUGUUUGAUCCAGUUUCUACUAAUUCUGAUUGGUGUGUCUUUACUAACCCGGAUGCUGCUAAUAUUAUACGAAAGAACAUUACAGAACUUGAAGAGGAACUGUGGACGGGAGUGAAGGCGGCGUCGGAGGACUGUCGUGGAGAGAUUGGGGACUUUGUCCAGCUUGUGCGGCGAUAUCGGUCUAGUUUCACCCGCCUCGUUCUGGAAUACAGGCAGGCGUCGGAACCCGCCUCCAGCUGGAACAGGGACCCGGAUGAGGAGAAGUUGAAAGCAUACGAGGAACAGUUUGCCGAGGGGCUGUACUAUCGACAGGCCACGCUCACCCGACAAGAGUUAUCUACCUUUCUAGCAGAACAUCUGCAGCGCAUAGAGGGACAGUUAGAGGCGGAAGUGUGUGGAGCUAGUCAUCUUGGUGAUAGCGGAAGUGACGUAAUGGGUGCUAAUGAUUUGUUGAGCUCUUCUGAAGUUGACAGUAGAUGGGCUAAGGGCACCGCCCCCAAAUUACGGGAGGUACCAAAUAUUGAACAGUUGACAGAUGCUUUGUCUUUAGUCCUUACUCGGAAUCGUGUAGGCGUGACCUUAGAUGACCUUCUUCCGGUUAUACGAAGCCACCAUCCACGUGUAAAUGCACUUGACGUGCGGGACCCCAACCUGGAACUGGCCAAAACGUUGGUAGAACGUUCACGACACGGUGGGGUGUCGCGGGAGGAGCUCCAAUCGGCAAUAGACGUCCACCUGUCCGAGUCACCAGCUGGGCCGCGGAGGGCGGUCAGCAGCGCCAAACCAGGAAUCCAGAUCGGAGGUCAUGUUGACCUCCACAUGGACCUGACCAGUGAGCGGAGCAGCAUGAGGUCAUCUAGACCUUCCACCGUGAAGAGCCAGGCCAGUACAAGUCUCAUACAGACUAAACUGGUAGAGAUGGACGUCAAGCAGAGGCUGCGACCCGACAGCGGCGUUGUCGUGACGUCGUCGUCGUCAGGUAGCUACUCCAGUUCGGAGAGGAGCAGAGACAACGACGUGGACACAGCGUCCCUGGACUCCUCCUGGAUUUCAGCCUCGCUACAGUUGCUGGACGGGAUCCUCAGGGUGCGUACCGAGCAGCACGACUCUCUGAAGAGUCUCGUGGCGGCCAUAACACGUGACUGUGAGACCCCCCACACGAAGGCCCACGCCCUCUACCGGUGGCUAGCCAGCCAGAGUCUGGAGUACUACAGCAAGGCGUCACACAAGCCCAACUCCCCAACGGGGAAGAUGAAACAGUUGGCUGAGAAGAAGAUCACAUACGCCAGCCUCUACCAAGAGAUGAUAAGGUGUGUCGGCCUGAAGUGCGAGCUGGUGGAGGGCGUGGCCAAGCACAGAGACUACCUGCCCGGCGACCCCGUCACAGUCGAAGCUUGCCGACACGUGUGGAACGCCGUACUCCUUGACGGUCAAUACCGGCUAAUGGAUGUCCAGUUUGGGGCUCAGCCUUUUAAAUAUUUUGUGGAACAUUUUUUCCUGGCACCACCCGAUGAAUUCAAAUUGUCCCAUCUCCCAAACAACCGCAAAUGGUCCCAAAUGUCACAGACUACGACCAUCGAGGAUUUUGAGGGAACGCUUAAGACGUGGCCUGCAAUGUUUGCGUUUAACAUUCGCCCAUUGAGCAUGAAAGCGGUCAUGCGGACCUAUGAUGGGAAGUUGAGUGUGACGGUGCUGCUGCAGAACGUGGCUGUGACGCCAACGCUGCAGUACCUGGGUCCAGGUCCGGCCCAGGAUUCAGAAUCGUUGUUGUAUUAUAUUGACCAAGAGAUCCGAUCUGUGGACAACGCGGAGACGUUCCAUCUGAACCUCCCAAAGGAGGGGACCUACUACUUCACCCUCCUGGUGCAUGACGUGGAGGAGGAUGCCGACAUUCCAGCCUUACAGUACAGGAUCGAUUACACUGAUGAACUAUUAUAGGCUAAUUGGCUGUGAUACGAAAAAGCAUCUUGAAGUCUCCAUGUAUUCACUGUGGUCUGGAUUAGGCCUACGUCGUUCCGAAAGACUACAUUGACGGAAGGGAUGACGUAAUAUGACUGAAGCAUCCUGGAGAGAUUCGUGUUCCUUUGAAAACAACUGGUCCAGUUCAAGUCGGAAUGAUGGGGUAUGAUGAGGCUGCUGUCCAUGAGACCACAAGGUGUGGGCGGAAUAACUUGCUUCUGAAGUUGGCUCCAACACGUUUUGGUGUUCAGGAAGACGAAUGAUCACUGAAACAUACUGGAAUGACUCGUGUUUCUUCGAAAACCGUUGGUCAGUUCAAGCCAGGAUUGUUAAUGAUGUGGAUGGUAGACGCGAUACUUUAAAUAUGUUGGAGGAAUAACUUUCCGCUGAUCCGUUAGCUGUGAAUGGCUACUGCAGAACAGUGCUGCUAGGUGUAUCAGAUCAAAUUAAUCUGUAUGACCAAUGUGCCCGAUUUUUAUUGGAUUCUGUGUGUAGGUGUGAGUGUUUGUGAGAAUGAGUGUUUGUGGGAUACGCGCCAGUGAGAGAAUAUGGUCCAAGCCCCGUGUUACGACCAAGGUUGUGUUGUUCGCACGAGGUGUUUCGACCGUGCCAGUCAGCUUGUGUGCUGUGUUCACAUAAAUGUUUAUGUGUUUGCACAAAAACGAACCGUUAUCAUACAAAUUAAUUGUGACGACUGGUUCAUAAUUUGAAAGACUUUUCUAAGGCAGAUUAAUGGUCUUUGACUGUGUUACAUACGUUUAGGUCUGUUAUGAUUUGAUUUCAAUGUGUUUUCAUUUGACUCAAAACUGUCAAAUUAUUAAUUCAAUGAAACGUCAGUAAAAUCCGACGGAAAUUUGCAAAUCGUUAAAAACAAGAAAAACAUGUUUACUGUAACUCUGGUAUUUGCAGUACUGACAUUAUAAUCAAAAUGUAUUGUUUGUUGUAGGGCUCCAAGUAGUGACUCGUGUUAUAUACGCAUUGAUGAAUGCUCAUGAACACGCCCGAUUUUAUGUCCCGCAGUUCAUAACGUCUGUCAUGUUCAGUCAAAGGAAUUCAUGUAGAUACAAUUGGUCAGGCUCGCUGACUUGUUUGAUGCAUGGCAUUGUAUCCCAAUGGCGCGAAUCUAUGUUCAUGAUGUCAAUCACUGGAUUGUAUGGUCCAGACUCGAUUAUUUACAGACCGCCGUCAUAUAGCUGGAAUAUUGCUGAGAGCGGCGUUAAACAACAGACCAAACAAAAUGGAGAUAAAAGAGAUUUCCAUCAUGUUAAGAAAAACUUCUAAAAGCCGAGACCACUAUAUGAUUCCCACUACACCAUAAGCAAGUGUUUAUGAGCCACUGUCAAUGACACUUGUGUUACAUCAGUUUUAGCCGAUGCGACGUUAAAUUUUAGCUCACCACAUUAGUUUUAAAUUCGCCAUGAAGUCGCAGACGCCACAGCGUCGAAUAUUAUGCUGGUGUUUUUUUACUAAAAAACAUUUACUUUCGAGGACUAGUGGUUAAAAAUAUAGAUCUGCCUCUUGCUAUUUAAAAGCACUUUGGCCGUUAAUGCAUCCGUUGUAUUAUAAAUAAGUUUAACUGUUUUCGCUGUAAGUGACUUCGUUAUUUCCUACAUUUAAAUAAAUGUGACUAAGACGCCGCAACUCGCUCUGCAGAGUGAUGUUGCUGAAGCGUGCCGGAUCGUUGGUUCGAAUCCCAUAUUCGCCGUGAUUUUUUCUAGGUCUGUCAGUACCAUACCCAUUCUCGUUGGCAUCUCCGAAUUGGUAAACGUCUGAGACCGGCACCACUUAGGGCUUUCCUCCCACAUCAAGCUGACACGCCGUGAUAUAACUGGAAUACUGUUCAAAGCGCGUUCAACCGAACUCACGCACCAACCCUUUUGUGAUUAUUUCUGAUAAAAAGGCAUGGUUCUUUUCGCGAUUCCGGUGAUUUUUUACAGUUUCACAAGACAGUGUCAGUCGAGUGUAUUAAAGUUGCAUGUCCCGUGUCUCAAUAUUGCGAACCACACAAAUGAUAAAGGCGACACUUUAUCUCGAGUAUCACAUUUCCAAUGUGUUAAUCGUUGUUUCUUAGACAAAAGUCCAUUCAACGUGUUUGUUGUUUAUAUAAUCUAUGAAAAUUGUACUAUUUUUUAUGACUGAUUUCCAGUGUGUAACAAAGAUUCCGUCCAAAGUUAUUUAUAUAUUUAAUUGUUCAUGUUUGUGAUUUGUUUAUUUAUUACAUUGUGACAUGGCUCCGAGAAGUCCGUACAACAUACCGUCCAGUUUCAAGAAGUAUGCGCCAUGUCAGUCUUCAUUGUUCUUGAAUUAUCACAUUCGUGGCAAACCUCAGGGUAUUGCGCCAAAACGCAACAGAGUAACCUUACCAGCCAUUCUGUUCAUUGACCAAAGUCACUUUAAUACCAAACAUAUAAGAUUAUUUAUAUAUUUUUAUCCAUUAAAGUUACCUAUAUGAAAAAUAUGUUAAAAUUGUAGACUUUCUCCAUUGAACUUAUCGUUUCUAUGUGUGAUAAAAUAUGCAUUUCCGUUGAUGUUUAAACUUUUAUUUAGCUAAACGCCACAACAAAUUAAUUAUUUGUUCUUUGUGAUUUUGGGGACCAAAUGAAUUACUAUGUUUGAAAUGGAGAAAAGUUUCCAUAACCCUUCUCUUGGUUUAUGAAGACAAUUCAUAUUUGUUCCAUUGAACAACGUCCAUGCCCCUAGUAUUUCUUCCACUCUCACAAUUGGUUGGCGAUCAUAUUUCGCUUAAGGGGCAAAUGUUUCUUAUGAUCAACCCCCUAACCCAAACCUUCACUGACCUACCACCUCAUUUUGCAAUCUCAUUAAAAUCAGACCUUAGUUCUCGCUACCGCUAAACAAAGAUCUGAAGACAUCCUAUUAGGGGUCACGUCAGAACGACCUUUCAUCCGACCAAUCAGUGCGUCGC